GGGGCGCCGAAGGACCACAACCUGCAGCCGGGGACGAACCGGUCGGGCGCCCUCUGGAGGUGCCCGCUCACCACCCGAACCACCGACUGCGAGCAAGUCCAGACCGACGGCUUCAAGAAUCCGGAAACAGGGCUCUACAACUUUGACUAUAUAGACACGAAUUUGUCCAUGCCAGCUGAGAAUGAGAUCAAGGACGACCAGUGGCUCGGUGUCACUCUCAAGAGCCAGGGUGCCGGGGGAAAGGUCUUGGUGUGUGCUCAUCGGUACAUGCACAAGGGCCCAGGGUUCCAGUGGGGCUUUGGCCUGUGCUACAUUCUCACGCAGACCCUUGACGUCUCUGACUACUUGGAACCUUGCCGUGGAAAACCUGUUAAUGAAGGUCAUCAACAGUAUGGCUUCUGCCAGGCUGGAACAAGUGGUCUUCUGUUAAAUGACGAGGCUGUUCUUGGUGUGCCCGGUCCAUACACCUGGAGAGGAACUGUUCACACAUCCAACAUCUCAGAUAAUUUCCUAUUCAAGGACAAGACACAAUAUUUUGGACCUGUGACGGAAAAGGAUUCACCUAUGGACAAGUACAGUUAUUUAGGUUACUCUGUAACAGCUGGCCGUUUCUUUGGGAAUUACAUGUCCUACGUUGGAGGAGCACCAAGGGCUAAGGAGACUGGUCAAGUAGUAUUCUUCACUCGCGAAAAGAUUGGUGAAAGCUUGCUGCGUGUAGAUUUAAUCCUUGAUGGAGAGAUGUUUGCUUCAAGCUUUGGGUUUGAAGUUCUUGCCAUUGAUAUCAAUAAUGACGGACGGGAUGAUCUUAUCGUUGGAGCUCCCUUCUACUACACAAGCACAUCAAGCGGUGCUGUGUACGUCUACAUGAACAAUGACGGAGGAUUCGUGGAAAAUCAUCCAUACACAAAGAUCGAAGGUGAGGCAGGCGAGAGUCGCUUUGGGUUCUCCAUGACCUCCUUGGGCGACCUUAAUCAUGACGGGUACACGGACGUAGCCAUUGGUGCUCCCUAUGAAGGGCGAGGAGCGGUCUACGUUUACUUGGGCACAAAAGAUGGACUCAUGAAGGAAGACGGACAUGUUAAGGUGGCACAGGUUAUACGUGCAGAAGACAUGCCUGGAGUUCCUUACAAUGCAUUUGGUUAUUCCUUGAGUGGAGGAAUGGAUCUUGAUGGCAAUGGAUAUCCUGACUUGCUUACUUCAUCCUUCUGCAGCGAUAGAGUUCUUUUGAUCAGGGCCCGCCCUAUCAUUGACAUCCAGACCAAGGUGCAGUCUCAGAACAACCAGCUCGAGAACAUCGACCCAAGCAAAAAGGGCUGCAUGGAAGAUAUCAGUUCUCCAGAGACUUGCUUUUCCUUUGACGCGUGCUUCAAGAUGGACAACGAUGCUGGGACAAAGACAAAGACUGUCCUCCGCUUAAAAUACACCAUUGAGGAACAGCUGUACAAGGACCAGCCGAUUGCCAGAAUCCGCUUCUCCGAUGGACUGCAAGAUCGACCAUAUACCGUGGAAAGAGAUAUCAAGCUCCGACCAGAAGACAUGGGCAGUUUCCAGUGUUCGCGUGAAAUUGUGUAUUUACUGGAUGGCCCAAGAGAUAUUCUGCGUCCACUGAAAUUCAAGCUGUCGUACGAGAUCAUCCAGGGCCAGCCCAGUCCAGUUCCCGAAGGCAGUCCCUUGCCAGACAUCGAUGAAUUCCCAAUCUUGAACCAGCAGGAGGCUGUCAGAUAUUUCAAAGGCACCUUCGCCAAGGACUGUGGUGAGGAUGACAUCUGCGUGAGUGAUCUCAACAUCAUGGCGAACCUUAGCCUAGACCUCCACGAGUCGGGUAGCCAUUACCUUCUCCGCCUGGGAGAGCAAAACACAGUACCUCUCAAUGUAGAAGUGAUGAACGCUGGAGAGCCAGCCUACCAGUCGAGCCUGCUGGUUCACCACCACAAAGCUCUUGAGCUGAACCUCAAGGAAUCUCAACUUGGCUCAUAUCAGUGCUCCCGUGUGUCAGCCACCCUCACCCAGUGUGGCCUCGGAAACCCUCUCGUAGGUACAACAGGGCCAUUAAUCCUGACCUUCAAAGAAUCCAAUCUGCCGUUCGACGAAAAAUUCAUCCACUUCUAUGUGGAGGCCAAUUCAUCAUCCACUGAAGAGCGUCCAAAAGAACGUAUUCGAUUUCUUGUUGAGGUGAUCAAGAGGGCUGAGAUCUCUAUCUUGCCGUCGGUUGCCCCAGAGCAAGUGUUCUACGGAGGAGAGGUGGUGGGGCAGUCUGCCAUAAAACACAUGGAAGAGGUGGGCAUGGAGGUCACUCACAAAUAUGUAGUGGACAACCGUGGCCCCUGGAGAGUGGAUGAGGCCAAGGUGGCCAUCCUCUGGCCGUACCAGGUCGAGAACAACAAGGAGCAAGGGAAAUGGCUUCUGUACAUGACUGAAGUUCCGAGUGUAGAUGGUGCUGGAGAAUGUGAAGUUGAUUCCCGUUAUGUGAAUCCCCUUGUUCUUCGCCGGACAUUUGCUUCGGCCUCAACUGGUCUUGAAGUUGAAGGAGAAUUGGAAUCUACCGAUUACCCAGAUCCUGGCGAAGAUGUAGUUACUGGCUCAGGUGAUGUAACAAUAACAAAGAAAGUGACAACUAUCAAGAAGGUAACAAGCACAACAGAUGUCAAGAAAACCUCAAAGAAGACUUCCUCGAAAGAUGUUUCUGUUUCCACAGAGAGAACUACCUCAUCCAGUGGCUAUUCCUCCUCCAGUUCCUCUUCCAGUUCCUCUUCUUCAAACAGUUUUUCAUCCUCAUCCUCAGAUUUCAGCAACUCAGGAUCAACAGAUGAAGAAGAAUAUGGCAGCGGGUUUGGCCAAGGAGCUGGUAGGGAUCAUGGCAGAACACAUGUAAGAGUUAGCAGGAAGGUAUUUACAUCUGAUAGGUCCAAGUUCUCAGAGUCUGACUCUGGAGCAAAUGACCUUGACAAAGGAAAAGAUGAGGAUGGGGAUGGACUCAUCUCUCACCAUGAAGAAACUCGUACUUCGUCUGGAGUCUCUCCUGAUGGAAGCACAAGAUUUUCUGAAACCCAUCAUGUAAGUAAGAAGGUACAUGUCAAAGAGAGCACAACUGAUGAAGACUUGCCUUCUGGCCGAUGGGGACAGGGAGGUGGAUUCCGCAGGACUUACAUAGAAACUUCCAGAUCUGGAUCUUCCAGCAUACCAUCAGAAGAAGACAGAAGAAUUUACUCAGAAACAGAGGGUUCUUCAAGAGCAGGUAUCGAUGGUACUUACAUAGAAACUUCCAGUCUGGUCUUCCAGUAUUCCAUCAGAAGAAGACAGAAGAAUUUACUCAGAAACAGAGGGUUCUUCAAGAGCAGGUAUCGAUGGUACUUACAUAGAAACUUCCAGGUCUGGGUCUUCCAGUAUUCCAUCAGAGAAGACAGAAGAAUUUUCUCAGAAACAGAGGGUUCUACAAGAGUAGGUAUCGAUGAUCAUGCAGGUUCUGGAUGGCAUAGUGGGUCUACUGGAAGGGAUCAUAGCGUGCAUGUGGAAGAUAGCACACGCAGAGUACAAACAGUAAAUAGGGAUGAGACUAUCAGAAGAACUCAUUACGGUGGAUCAGACAGGGAUGGAAGUUACAGAACAGUGUAUGAGGAAACUAGAACCACUGGCCAUGGAAGGGUUGGAACCCAUACCGGUGGCUACGAUGAUACACAUGAUAGAGAUGGCUUUAGAAGGACACAAACCUUUGGUAGACAUGACAGAGUUGGAGCAGAUAGAACAGAAGGCUCAGGUUGGACUAGAGGAUCCAGGACUGAAUUUGAAAGGAGAACUGGAGGCAGUAUUGGAGACACUGAUGAGUCCAGGAGAGUGGGAGAUAGAGACAGAUUCGGCAGUGAUGGUUCAAGAAGAGUCUCAGAGGGAGAUAGAGUCAGGUGGAGUUCUGCAGAUAACCAAGGAAGUACAACAGGCAGGGAAAGCACAAGAACUUAUUCAUCAUCUGGCAGAGGUUAUGAAAGUGAGAAUGAAAGAAGAACUUUCUCUGGUGAUUAUGACAGAACAGAUGAUGGGAGCUACAGGAGAACAUAUUCAGGUGCAUAUGAUAGAACUACUGUCGAUUCUCGGAGAAGAGGACAUUCUGGUGGAUAUGACAGAACAGCUGAAGAUGGUUCCAGAACAUACUUUGCUGGAUAUGACAGAAUAGGUGAUGAUGAUCAGAACAGACGGGGCUAUGGUGGAACGGAGGGAGAGAGCGAGUACAGAAGGAAUUUUGAUACCUACAACAGAGGAGUAAGUGCUGGUGGAAGAGGAGGAUCAGGAACGUAUGAAAGAACAGAGUCUACAAGGAGAACAUACCAUAGCAGCAGAAAUGAAGAUGGGGACUUCAGAGAUGGCUCAUCAAGGUCAUCUGGAGACCAGUAUUACAGGAGACCAAACCUUGACAGAUCUGGCGACCAUGCAUCUGGAACGGAUUCCUUCAGGCGUACCUCAGGUGAAGGCAGAGAAGAUGGCUCCUAUUCCAGGUCAGGAGAUGGCACCCUCAGGACCACGACAUGGGAUUUGACUGCUGACAGUGACAGACAUAACCGGGCAAGAGGGGGCUCUCACUCAUCCCGCCAUCAUGUCACAAGUUCUCAAGACCACGGUACAUUUGCAAGUGGUUCAGGUGCAGGAAGAACAAGUCAUUUUGAGUCCUCUGACUCCAAUGCAAAUAGAACUUACAAACGUGUUGAAGUAGAUCCAGAGACUGGGGAAACCACAGUCUACACAAGAAGAGUGUACAGUCACAGUUGGCCUGAAGACUGGGACCGUAGAUCAUUUAAUGAAGAUCUUCCACCUGUGGAGGAAGAACAUGAAGGAAGUCACCGCCAACUGAAACGCACCAAACGUGAGAGAGAACUUAUCAUCAAGCCCCAGGCUGUGACAGAUGCCAAAACAGGGAAAACAAUGCAGGUUGUGAAUUUGAGAUGUGAUGGUGAUGUUCCAACAGCCAAGUGCUUCGUAUUCACCUGCACCAUUCGUAACCUAGGUGCUAAACAAGCAGCAAGUAUUCGUAUCAAAUCAAGACUAUGGAACUCCACGCUGGUCGAGGAUUAUCCUAGGGUCAGCUACGUCAGCAUCAAAUCCAAAGCUUCAUUGAUAUUACCAGAAGACAUCCGUAACGACCAAGACCAGUCAGACGAUGAGGCCUCAGCAGAAACUUUAGCCUAUCCAGAUCUGUUGGAUCAGCUUCCACCGGAGGAAGUGCCACUCUGGGUCAUAUUGGUGUCCAUCUUUGCUGGUCUUUUAGUGCUCUUAAUCAUUGCGCUCAUAUUGUGGAAGUUAGGCUUCUUUGAAAGAAAACGACCAGACCCAACGCUUUCGGGAAACUUGGAUAAGGAUGCAAAUGGAUACUAAUCCUUAAUAGACCUCUAAAAUAUAUCCGUUAACUUGCAAGUGCCAAUUUAUGUUCAGCAUUUUCAUGUGUCGAAAAUGUGAAUAGUGAUUAUAAUAUUUUUUUUCAUUUUAUGAUAAAAUGUUAUCAUGAAAGUUUGUGUGCAAGUCAAUGUGCUUGUAUGUGUCUUCGACCCAUUGAGAAUGUGGAAACUCUCUUGAACUUUGUGAAAGUGUUGUUUUUAUCGCCCAUUAAUGUCCCAUAAGAUGUGUCAUAGUAAAGAAAGGCUUAUUAAUAAGUAAUGAGAUUUUGGGAUGAUAUGAGCUGCUGUAUGACUGCUACAACACAAGCGCUAAUGCUGCUGCCAUGACUGUGAUGUUCAUUGUGCCUUCCAAUCUCUGACUUUCAGAGGCACUUUUGUGGCUCAAGAAUAGCCAAAAAGAUUUUUUCUUAUUUUUUUAUAUUAUUAUUAUCAUUAUUAUUAUAUUAUUAUAUUAUUAUUAUUAUUAUUAUUAUUAUUAUUAUUAUUAUUAUUUAUUACUAUCAACAUUAUUACUAUUAUUUAUCACUACCAUUGUUAUUAUUGUUAUUAUUAUUUAUUUUUUUUUCCAUUCAGAAAGGUGUAAUGCCAAUUUUUUUUUUAGAUGUAUUGCUUUUCUGGAUUGUUUAAUUUAAAACAAAACUUUAAAAAAAAGUUUGUGUACAGAAUUGAUGAUGACUUGAGAUGUUAUUUUCUUACAAGUUCAAAAUGACAUCUUGAUGUGCUAAAGUAUAUUGAUUAUGCCUCUUCCUGAGACAGUUAUAUGUGUGUGUGCGCGUGAAUGAAUGUGUGCUAAGUGCGUUUUGAACUAAUGCUGUAUUUGGUUGUUCAGCUUUGUCUUUUGUUCUGUAAAUAUGUGUAGAUAUUUGGUGAUAAAUGGUGUAUUUGUUAUUAUUAAAACUAUAUUUUAAUCAAUAGUUUUAUGAACUAUUGUCCUGAACUUUUUUUUAAAUCUAUUUUCUUUUCUUUUUUAUGAUCUGUUGUAGUUAAUGAUUCUCAAAACCUGCUUAUUCAUUAGGAUCUCACUGUACAUAGGAGAUAAUAUACCUGUGUGAUAAAUCCAUUCACUGAACUGUACUCUCUUGAGCCAAUCAGUGUACUUAUAAAAUUUUAUGUAUGUUGACCAAAAAAAUAAUCAGAAUUCUCUUUCAAAUCAUGCAAGAUCUGGUGUAAAAAUGUUCAGAUAUAUUGAGUGCUAUACUUGUAUAAUAAAUAUGAAUUCUAACAAAGAAAAGUGAAUUUUUUAAAAACCAUAGCUACAUAAUACAGAUCAUUCUGCAUGGUCCAUAGUGCUAAUUACUGCAUCAUGGACUGAAUAAGUGAUCACAAUAUGUGAUUUUUGGCUGAAUGGUGAUAACACAAUAUCACAUUGAAACAGUGAACCAAACCUCACAGUCGGAAAACAGUGGUUUAUUAAAUGUUCUAUUUUAGAAACACAUCAAUGAAUCAUAUCCAGCUGUAAAAACACCAAUCUCCUUUUAAUAAACCACUGUUUUUGUCAUGGGUUUACACUCACUCAUUUUGUAAAGGCAUAGUUGGAAAUGAUGAUAGAUAUGAAACUUGUGAUAUAUUUAUUUAGAAUAUGUCUGUAGAAAAGGUAUAAGUGAGAAUGAAUAACUUCACAAACUAAGAGAUGUAAUUGAUGCAUUUCAGUUAAAUCUUGCUGUGAAUUACUUGUAGCUCUGGAGAAGAUUUAAUUGAAACAGGUCAGUUCCAUCUCCUGUGUUGUGAAGAAUUUGUAUGAUACUUUCUGUAAGAUUUAUUAAAACCAAGUCACUACUUACUUUGCUAAAUAAAUAUUAAUUUUCUACAUGCUACAAAAUUAACUUGUAAUUACAGUGAAAUUAUAUAAAAUAUUGUCUUUAAGAAAGCUAAUCUUUGAUAAUGGAAAAUUGAAACAAAAAUCUUCCAGCGUUUAUUUCAAAUAAAAUAACAAAGACUGA